AGAACACCCCUACACGGCAUCGUCUCUGUCUCGCAGUCUCUUAUUAGCUUUCCGCACGAAGAAGAAUGGUGAGUGAGAUACAGAACGAAGAACCAAAAAUCCCAAGAAAGUAGCUCCCAGUAUCCCACCAGAUCCAUUCAAUCUCCUCUUUGUGUGAGAAACUCUCCAUCAAUUCGAUCUCUGAAAUCGAUUUCUUACGAAUUAGGGUUCACAGUGCUCCAAUUUCUUACAGCAAAAUGUGUGGGAUCGAGACCUAGGGUUCGGAAGGUGCUCAUCUGAAAUCUCCAAGUGCAUGAAGUUUUGGUUCUUUCUAUGGUUCAAGCUGUCGUUCAAAUUCAUUUUCAGAAACUACAUUUUGAAUGAGGAGCAGUUGAUAUCGUUUGAUGAGAUGGAGAGGGCUUCGUCCAACCGGCGGCGCUCUAUUGGAGGGAGUAGCUCCGCUUCUGCUGUUAUUGCCGACGAUAGUCGCGAUUCUCACCACAAGCGUGCCAAAGUUUACAAUGAUUUCGAUGGCUUUCGUGGUGCAAUUCCAACGUCUUCGAAUGCUGGGGAAUCCAGUGCAUCUGCUGACUAUGGGGAUUAUGAUAAUUUUCAAGCCUCAUCUCUUCGAGACAGUGAAGGAGAUGACAAUGACAUCUCAAAAGUGGAUGAUCCAGAUGUUAAGAUGGAUUUUACGGAUGACUUGUUGCAUAUGGUUUUCUCAUUUUUGGAUCAUCCAAAUCUCUGCAAAGCUGCCAUGGUUUGUAAGCAGUGGCGAACUGCUAGUGCUCAUGAAGACUUCUGGAGGAGUUUGAAUUUUGAAGAUCGGAACAUAUCUGAAGAGCAAUUAGAGGACAUGUGUAGACGUUAUCCUAAUGCCACAGCAGUGAACAUAUCUGGUUCUGCUAUUUACCUGCUUGUCAUGAAGGCUAUCUCUUCAUUAAGAAAUCUUGAGGUUUUAACAUUGGGAGGAGGACAUAUAAUGGAUAGUUUUUUCCAUGCUUUGGCCGAUUGUUCAAUGUUGAAAAGAUUGACCAUCAAUGAAGCUGUACUUGGUAGUUUUGCUCAGGAGAUACCUAUUAAUCAUGAUAGGUUGUGUCAUCUUCAGUUGACAAAAUGCCGUGUUAUGCGUAUAGCAGUCAGGUGCCCACAACUUGAAACUUUGUCAUUGAAGCGCAGUAACAUGGCACAUGUUGUGCUUAAUUGCCCCCUUUUGCAUGAGCUUGACAUAGGCUCUUGCCACAAACUUCCUGAUUCUGCAAUUCGCUCAGCUGCAACAUCAUGCCCGCAAUUAGUUUCUCUGGACAUGUCUAAUUGUUCAUGUGUUAGUGAUGAAACACUACGUGAAAUAUCCCAGAUUUGUGCUAACCUUAGUUUUCUUGAUGCAUCAUACUGCACGAACAUAUCUUUGGAGUCUGUUAGGCUGCCAAUGUUGACAGUUCUGAAGCUUCACAGUUGUGAAGGCAUCACUUCAGCUUCCAUGGCUGCAAUAUCUCAUAGUUAUAUGUUGGAGGUUCUGGAGCUUGAUAAUUGUAGCCUGUUGACUUCAGUGUCUUUGGAUCUUCCUCGUUUGCAGAAUAUUAGAUUAGUACAUUGUCGCAAAUUGGCUGAUUUGAGCUUGAGGACUAUAAUGCUUUCUUCUAUGCUAGUGUCCAAUUGCCCUGCACUUCACCGUAUUAACAUCACUUCAAAUUCACUUCAAAAAUUAGCAAUACCAAAGCAGGACAGCUUAACCACAUUAGCUCUGCAGUGCCAAUCUUUACAAGAAGUGGAUCUCUCUGAGUGUGAAUCUUUGACUAACUCUGUAUGUGAUGUUUUUAGUGAUGGUGGAGGGUGCCCGAUGUUGAAAUUAUUAGUUCUUGAUAAUUGUGAGAGUUUGACAUCAGUUGGAUUCAUCAGUACCUCUUUACUCAGUCUUUCCCUUGGUGGUUGCCGGUCAAUAACUAAUCUCGAGCUUUCAUGCCCUAAUCUUGAUAAAGUUAUUUUGGAUGGUUGUGAUCAUUUGGAAAGAGCAUCAUUUUGUCCUGUUGGUCUUCCCUCUCUCAAUUUAGGAAUAUGUCCAAAAUUGAACGUACUCAGCAUUGAAGCACCGUUUUUGGUUUCACUUGAGUUGAAAGGAUGUGGUGUUCUAUCUGAAGCUUUCAUUAAUUGUCCACUCUUAACAUCCCUGGAUGCUUCCUUUUGCAGCGAACUAACAGAUGACUGCUUGUCUGCAACAACUGCCUCAUGCCCACUUAUUGAAUCAUUAAUAUUGAUGUCCUGCUCAUCAAUUGGUUUGGAUGGUCUUCGAUCUCUGCGUUGGCUUCCAAAUUUGACUGUUCUUGACUUAUCAUACACUUUCUUGGUGAGCUUGCAGCCUGUUUUUGAAUCUUGUUCGCAACUAAAGGUGUUAAAGUUGCAGGCAUGCAAAUAUCUCACCGACACAUCGCUUGAACCUCUUUACAAAGAAGGUGCUUUACCUGCACUGCAGGAGUUGGACUUGUCUUACGGAACUCUCUGUCAGUCAGCCAUAGAGGAGCUUCUUGCUUGCUGCACAAACCUCAUUCGUGUGAGCUUGAAUGGCUGUGUGAAUAUGCAUGAUUUGAAUUGGGGACGCAGUCAUGGGCAGAUUGAUGAGUUACAUGCUGCAAGCACCCCAUAUGGUGCAAGUCCUCACAAGAAUGUCCCUGAAUCAUGUGAGCAAUCCACCCGCUCACUGGAGAACCUCAACUGUGUGGGAUGUCCAAAUGUUAGGAAGGUUGUCAUUCCUUCAAUGGGACACUGUUUCCAUUUAUUAUUUUUAAACCUUUCUCUCUCAACAAAUUUGAGGGAGGUUGAUGUUACUUGUCCCAACCUAUGCUUUCUUAAUUUAAGCAAUUGUUCCUCUUUGGAAAUUUUGAAGCUAGAGUGUCCAAGAUUGACCAGUCUAUUCCUUCAGUCUUGCAAUAUUGAUGAGGAAGCCGUUGAAGCUGCUAUAUCAAAAUGUACUAUGCUGGAAACUCUUGAUGUUCGCUUUUGUCCAAAGCUAAGCUCAAUGAGCAUGGGGAGAUUACGUGCAAUAUGUUCAAGUUUGAAGCGUAUAUACAGCAGCUUGUCAACUUCAUGAACUCGAUCAAAGAUAUCAAAUUUUUCUCCAGUGCUUAUUCACUCGGAUGAGGCACGCCUGGUAAUAAAUCUGGUUAUUUACUCAUGUGUUGUAAAUGGCUAAAUUUUUUACUGUUUGUUUGUUUGACUUAUGGAAAUCAGGUCAAUCUCUUAUGGUAAUGUUGCAAUAUCUUUGUUCUACUUGCAAUUUCUAUAAAUCAGACACUUAAAUUUUGAUUUAUUUUUAUUUUUAU